AUUUAGGUAACACUAAACCAUGAUCCAAUAUGGAGGUUUAAGAUCCAAGCUUGCCAAAGUGAGGGUUUGAAGGAGAUUUGGAGCGAAUAAGUUGGGUAUAGAGAGUACAGAGAUACAUCAAGGAAUGUGGAAUUGGAAAAACUCAGUCUUCUCACAGCAUAAUAGAGGGUUUCAUUCAUUUAAUCAACUGAAGAUAAGGAACGCUCAUUCCAAUUCAAAUUCAAGAGAACUAGUAUGACUACAAAGAAGGUACAAAAUUACAGAACAAGUGGGAGAACUAGACACAAAUAUCUCACAAUCCUCAUUCAACAAUACCGAAGACGACAAGCCCAACUCCCCACCUCAGAAGAACUCCCCAAAUGGCCAAAUAAACAUCACAAACUAUUCCAAACUCUCUGAGCCAGAUCACUCAAAUAUCGUUCUUGAUUCUAACAACAAAGUGAAAGAGUACAAUCCGGUUAAAAAGCAUUUUAUUUUCUCAACGAAGGAGAUGCAGGAGAACUUCGCGUAUUACUUUUUGCCUAAUGGGUACCCUCAUUCCGUGAAUAAGGGCUAUGCCAAGUUCGCUAUAUAUUCCUCAUUAAGUGCAACUGCUAUUACGAUCCUUAACUUCAUUUCUACCCAGGCUCUGUUUGUAGCACUAGGGUCGACUACCACACAAGCUUCAUUGUACUCAGCAGCAUAUAUCUGGGUCCUUAAGGACGGAAUAGGCCAACUGGGAGGUAUUCUAUUCGCAGGGAAAUAUGGUAAAAGUUUUGAUGAAGAUGUUAAGAAGUGGAGGUUCAUGUGCAUGAUUCUCUUUAAUAUCUCUAUAAUUGUUGAAAUGAUCACCCUUAGGUUCCCUGGAGCGUUCAUAUACUUAGCAUCUCUAGCUAAUAUGGGUAAAAAUGUUACCUUCCUUUGAGCAGCAGCUACAAGAGCAAGUAUUAACCUCAGAUUCGCCAAGAAAAGUAAUAUUGGAGAUAUCGCUGGUAAAGGAGUCACACAAUUUACGACAUCAAGUUUGGUAGGAAUGGGCGUAGGCCUUGUGAUCUCCAAAGCAUGAAAUAUUUCAUCAAUCUACACAAUAGCGCCUCUUUUUGCUUCCCUAACACUAUUAAACAUUGUUUGCUCAUACAAGGCCACAAGAGUGUUGGAUGAAAGUAAUUUUAACAAACAAAGGUUUUACAUCCUCUUUGAGGAAUACAUGAAAUCUGGUAAAAUCCUCGAUGUCAAAGAGGUGAAUAAAAGAGAAGCUUUCUGGAUUCCUUCUCUCUUCAAUCCCCAAAAUGAAUUUGUGACAAACUUUGGAGUCUUUUCUCUCGCAAAGCAAAUUAAUUUUCUAAAGAAGAAUAACAGGCAUUCUACUGCUGACAGUCUGAUUGAUCAGGCUAAGAACAAUGAGCGCAAAUUUUUGUAUUACGUUCACUGGCCCAGAUACAGAAAGACAAUUCUACCAAGAAGGUGGUCGCAUAAAAGAGAAUAUAAAAUCAAUUUUAACCUACAUAAAGAUGCCAGUAAUAAGCAGAUCUUGAAAGCAUACUUUUUCGGUCUAAAAUUAGACGAAAUUCUGGAUAAAAAGCUCGAAGAGAGGUUACCCAAGAACGCUAGGAAACCUUACCAUUCCUUAACAGACGAAGAGUUAGAGAUUAGAUCAAGCUGACUCCGAAAUGCCAUAUUUGAAGCUGAAGAGUACUUUGAGCUCUUUGAUUUUGAAGACUUCUUCAAUAAGAUGCAGAACUUCUCUGAUCCAGAUAAGGAAAACUGGGAUCUCAAUUCACUGUAUAUAGACAAAGGAACUAAUCGAUACACAAUUGAAUAAUUUCAGCA